CUUUCCACCCACACCUCUCACUCCACCCCCUCACCUCCUCUCUCUCUCUCACCUCCCACUUCUCCAUGGCCACCGCCGCUGCCACCAAGCUCACGCCCCAUCUCCUCUCUCUCUCCUCCCCCCUCCGUCGCCGGAAACCCCUGCUGCACCACCUCCCUCCGCCGCUGCCCCGGAAUGACCGUUCUUCUGUCUUAACACUGGGACUCUCUUGCCGGAGAAUUACUUGCAAGGCGACGGAAGUGUCGGUGGCGGAGGAGUCGUCGGCAGCCGGCGAUGGCGAGAACUGGGUGCCGGUGGUGCCGCUGUCGGCAUUGCCCAAGGGGGAGCGGCGCGUGAUUAUACAGGACGGAGAGACGAUUCUGUUGUUGUGGUAUAAGGAUCAGGUCUACGCCAUUGAGAAUCGGUCUCCGGCUGAAGGGGCUUAUUCCGAGGGAUUGCUUAAUGCGAAGCUCACCCAGGAUGGCUGUAUUGUAUGCCCAACAACUGAUAGCACAUUUGAUCUUCAGACAGGAGAAAUCAAGGAUUGGUAUCCAAAAAACCCUGUGCUCAGAGUUCUCACACCUGCCUUAAGGACGCUCUUCAUUUAUCCUGUGAAAACUGAUGAUAAAAAUAUUUACAUCAGAAUGAGUGGAGGUGUAAGUUCAGAUGCAUCAGCAGAGAUUGUUUUCAGUGGGAAGGCUCAACCUGGUUUAACUGCAACCGAUGUAAAUGUGGAGGAGGUUAGAAUGAUCGUUGAUGAGGAUCAAGAGGGUUUUGGUUUCACAGGGAAGAAUGAAUUGAUAAAUGGAAAGGCAGCUGUAGUUGGCUUCCUGUUGUUAUUAGAUUUUGAACUCUUGACUGGUAAAGGCAUUCUCAAGGGAACAGGCUUCUUGGACUUUCUUUAUGCUGUUUCAAAUGCAUUCAAGUAGGCCUCAGCUUCCUCUUAGGGAUGAAAAGAAUUUUUCUGAUCCACAUGGAGGUAAUUUCUUUGUGUAGUCGGACAAUACUUAUAUGCUUUAUCUUUUGCAUUUUUUUCUUGUUUUACUGUAUAAAUUAUGUUGGUUCUAUAAAUCAACUCAUGUCAAUGAUUGUUUAUGUUUUGAGAAAUAUCUUUCGUCACACAGUCCAAAGUAUUGAUGGUUCAAAUGUUUGGAACCACCACAGGAUGUGUUUAGACAUUUUCACAACUUGUAUUUUGUACACUACUCUAAGUUGGAUUAUUUAACUUGUAACUGAGAAUUCCUUACUGGCUGAAAUUCUUAAUUGUUCCCAGUAAUCCUACUUUGUCAAUAUAUUUCUAAGUGCCAAUGAGCUACAUUUCUGGA